AUGAGCACACCCACGCAAGAGCUGACGCCCGCUGUACAGUUUGACCAGCCUGCCUCACCUACUUUGCAGCGACCCAGCAGUCUCAGGCGGACGACUUCGAGAAUGUAUGGCUCUGGAUCACAAACAGGCGUUUCUACGCCGCGAUCGCAAGCCGUAUCUCGACCACUCACCAUCACACACGGCACUCUCGAAUACAACUUCUUAAUACCUACCGCGCUUCACUUCAAUGCCACGCAACUGAAGGACGCUUUCCUCCACACACUCCCCGAGGCCACCGAAGAGCUUGCACAGGACGAUGAGCCGUCGUCCGUCACUGAGCUGGUAGCUCGCUACAUUGGCUACGUUGCGAAAGAGGUCGAGGAGGGAGAAGAUCCAGAACUCUUCACUGAGGUUCUGAAGCUGCUGGUUCAAGAAUUUGAGCGAGCUUUCCUGCGCGGCAAUGAGGUGCAUGCGGUGGCCGCAGCCCUUCCAGGCAUCACCGAGAAGAAGCUAGUCACGGUGGAAGCGUACUAUGCAGCUCGUGCAGCAGUGAAGCGACCCAUUCGCGCGCAUGAGUCUGCUCUCCUCCGCGAAGCCGCAGACGAGAAUGCCUACAUCUACGCAGUCUUCGGAGGCCAGGGCAACAUUGAAGAGUACUUCGAUGAGCUCCGCGAAGUCUACAACACAUACCCUUCACUCGUGAGGGACUUCCUGAAUGUCGCCGCACAACAUCUUCAAUACCUAUCCCGCGACCCUCGAGCUUUCAAGAGCUACGCUAAGGGUCUUGACAUCCUGAGAUGGUUGGACAACAAGGAGACCCAGCCAGACACCGACUACCUGGUUUCCGCGCCAGUCAGCUUCCCACUAAUCGGUCUCACUCAGCUUGCACACUACGUGGUGACUUGCAGAGUGCUCGGCACACACCCAGGCCACGUCCGCGACAGGCUCUCUGGUAGCACUGGCCACUCACAAGGUGUUGUCACUGCUGCUGCAAUUGCCGCCUCAUCGAAUUGGGAGACUUUCGACAAGCAAGCCCGGAAUGCGCUCACGAUCUUGUUCUGGAUUGGUGCUCGCAGCCAACAGGCCUACCCACGCACAUCACUCGCGCCCAAUGUCCUGCAAGACUCCAUCGACGCAGGUGAGGGUGCGCCGACGCCUAUGUUGACAGUCCGCGAUCUUUCACGGGAAACGGUUGACAAGCUCAUCGAGACGACCAACCACCACUUGCCACAAGAACGACACAUUGGCAUCUCACUGGUCAACAGCGCAAGAAAUUUCGUUGUGACUGGACCUCCUAUGUCGCUUUACGGUCUCAACCUUCAGCUGCGGAAGAUCAAGGCACCCACUGGUCUCGACCAGACUCGCGUGCCCUUCACUGAGCGCAAGGUCCGCUUCGUGAACCGCUUCCUGCCAAUAACUGCGCCUUUCCACAGCCCAUAUCUCGUAGAAGCCAUCAAGCACCUCCAGACCGAUCUCGCAGACAUCAACAUUCCAGCCACAGAGCUCGGCAUCCCAGUCUUCGACACCCACACGGGCGAGGAUCUGAGAGAAAAGAAGGAUGCGAACAUUGCACCACUCUUGGUCAAGAUGAUCUGCGAAGAGCAAGUACUUUGGGAGAAGGCAACAGUCAUGCCAAACGCGACACACAUCCUCGACUUUGGCCCUGGCGGUAUCUCCGGCCUAGGUGUGCUCACCAACAGGAACAAGGACGGCACUGGCGUUCGCGUUAUCCUUGCAGGCACAAUGGAUGGCACAAACACCGAGGUUGGCUACAAGCCUGAGAUCUUUGACCGUGAUGCCGAGCACGCUGUCAAGUACGCUGUGGACUGGUUGAAAGAGUUCGGACCAAAGCUUGUGAGAGACUCGACAGGACAGACAUUCGUGGACACCAAGAUGAGCAGAACGCUCGGUCUGCCUCCAGUCAUGGUUGCGGGCAUGACGCCCUGCACCGUGCCGUGGGACUUUGUUGCCGCGACCAUGAAGGCUGGCUACGAGAUUGAACUUGCAGGUGGUGGAUACUACAACGACAAGAGCAUGACCGAAGCCAUCUCCAAGAUCGAGAAGGUCAUCCCAGCCGGACGCGGAAUCACUGUCAACUUGAUCUACGUCAACCCUCGAGCAAUGGCUUGGCAGAUCCCACUCCUAGGCAGACUGCGGGCUGAGGGUGUGCCCAUCGAAGGUCUGACCAUUGGUGCUGGUGUGCCGUCUAUUGAGGUCGCCAACGAGUACAUUGAGACUCUGGGUCUAAAGCACAUUGCUUUCAAGCCUGGAUCAAUGGAAGCCAUUCAGGCUGUCAUCAACAUCGCCAAGGCCAACCCGGGCUUCCCUGUCAUGAUGCAGUGGACUGGAGGCCGUGGUGGUGGUCACCACUCUUUCGAGGAUUUCCAUCAGCCAAUUCUGCAGAUGUACAGCAGACUUCGACGAUGCGAGAACCUCGUCUUGCUCGCAGGAUCUGGCUUCGGUGGCGCAGAAGACACCUACCCUUACUUGACUGGUGAAUGGGCUCGCAAGUUUGGCUACCCACCAAUGCCAUUCGAUGGUGUUCUCUUCGGCUCUCGUUGCAUGGUCGCCAAGGAAGCUUACACUUCAAAGGCCGCAAAGCAGGCUAUUGUUGAUGCGCCCGGUCUCGAGGACAGCGACUGGGAGAAGACAUACAAGGGCCCUGCCGGUGGUGUCAUCACUGUCCGCUCCGAGAUGGGCGAGCCUAUCCACAAGCUUGCCACUCGUGGUGUUCUCUUCUGGAAGGAGAUGGACGACAAGAUCUUUGCGCUUGACAAGGCCAAGCGUAUCCCAGAGCUUAAGAAGAACCGUGACUACAUCAUCCAGAAGCUCAACGACGACUUCCAGAAGCCAUGGUUCGGCCGCAACAAGGCCGGCGAGUGCGUGGACCUUGAGGACAUGACCUACGGAGAGGUUGUCCGUCGCCUGGUCGAUCUGAUGUAUGUCAAGCACCAGAAGCGUUGGAUCGACAAGUCCCUCGCACGUCUGACUGGAGACUUCAUCCGCCGCAUCGAAGAACGCUUUGCUCCUGGUGACAGCGCUAGCUCUAUCAUCCAGAACUACAGCGAGCUCGACGAUCCAUUCAACACCGUGAAGAAGGUGUUGGAGACAUACCCAGAGUGCGACGUCCAGCUGAUCAACGCGCAAGAUUGCCAGCACUUCCUGCUACUCUGCCAGCGUCGCGGUCAAAAGCCAGUGCCGUUCGUACCAUGUCUUGAUGACACAUUCGAGCUCUUCUUCAAGAAGGAUUCUUUGUGGCAGUCUGAGGACUUGGACGCUGUUGUUGACCAGGAUGUCGGCCGUGUUGCCAUCUUGCAAGGACCUAUGGCUGUGAAGUACUCCAAGAUUGUGGAUGAGCCAAUCAAGGACAUCCUUGAUGGUGUUCACCAGGGCCACAUCAAGUACUUGACCAAGGACCUGUACAACGGCAACGAGGCGAAGAUCCCCAAGAUCGAGUACUUCGGUGGCAAGUUGAUCGAGGCCAGUGGCGACAUCAACCUCGAGGGUUUGACAGUCAACGAGACCGAGCACAAGAUUCUGUAUCGACUGUCAGCUGUUUCUGGUACCACUCUGCCACCAAUCGACAACUGGAUGCAGUUGCUUGCAGGCAGGAACCACACAUGGCGCCACGCCUUUUUCACUGCCGAUGCGUUCGUCCAAGGUCAAAGAUACGACACGAACCCAAUGCGCCGUAUCUUUGCGCCAACUCCUGGCAUGGUUGUUGAGAUCAACCACCCCAACGACCCGAAGCGCACUGUCAUCAGCGUCAAGGAGCCCACACACGGCAACCAGUACGUGCAGACUAUCGAGGUUGGUCCAUACAAGAACAACGAGAUCUUGGUGAACAUGAUCGAGGACCGCACUGUUUCCGGCAAGCCUGAGGCACUGCCGCUGCGCUUCACAUACCACCCAGAGACCGGUUACGCACCAAUUCGUGAGGUCAUGGACUCGCGCAACGACCGUAUCAAGGAGUUCUACUACCGCAUCUGGUUUGGCGACGAAGCUGUACCAUUCGACACCCCAGUCACGAGUCGUUUCGACGGUGGCAGAGCAACAGUCACUAGCGAGGCCAUCAACGACUUCGUGCACGCAGUUGGCAACAUGGGCGAGGCUUUCGUUGACCGACCAGGCAAGGAAGUCUUUGCACCUAUGGAUUUCGCCAUCGUUGUCGGCUGGAAGGCCAUCACCAAGCCCAUCUUCCCACGCAAGAUCGACGGUGAUCUGCUCAAACUUGUGCACUUGUCCAACGGCUUCCGCAUGAUCCCAGGUGCAGCACCACUCAAGAAGGGCGAUGUCCUCGACACCACUGCUGAGGUCAACGCUGUCAUCAACCAGGACUCUGGCAAGAUGGUCGAAGUCUGCGGCACUAUCACUCGUGAUGGUGAGCCUGUUAUGGAAGUGACAAGCCAGUUCCUGUACCGCGGUGCAUACACUGAUUUCGAGAACACCUUCCAGCGAAAGGUCGAGACCCCAAUGCAGAUUCACCUAGCUUCCAGCAAGGACGUGGCCGUUCUGCAGUCCAAGGAGUGGUUCAAGAUCGAUAACACCGAUGUCGAUCUGCUUGGUCAGACCCUCGUGUUCAAGCUUCAGAGCUUGGUGCGCUACAAGAACAAGACCGUGUUCUCGUCGAUACAGACCCAAGGUGACGUUGAGCUCGAGCUGCCCACGAAGGAGAUCAUCAAGGUUGCCACCGUUGAGUACGAAGCUGGUGCAUCUUACGGCAACCCAGUCCUGGACUACCUUACGCGCAACGGAUCUGCUCUCGACCAACCAGUCAACUUCGAGAACCCAAUUCCUCUCAGCGGCAAGACCCCAUUGGUCCUCAAGGCUCCUUCUUCCAACGAGACAUACGCUCGCGUUUCUGGCGAUUACAACCCUAUCCACGUGUCGCGCGUCUUCUCGCAGUACGCUGGUCUGCCUGGCACCAUCACACAUGGCAUGUACUCCAGCGCUGCCGUGCGCAGUCUUGUUGAGACCUGGGCAGCUGAGAACAACGUCGGUCGUGUCCGCAGCUUCCAUGCUUCUCUCGUGGGUAUGGUCUUGCCAGAUGACACGAUCGAGGUCAAGCUGCAGCACGUUGGUAUGGUUGCUGGUCGCAAGAUCAUCAAGAUUGAGGCACAAAAGGCAGAGACCGAGGAGAAGGUUCUGCUCGCUGAGGCCGAGGUCGAGCAGCCAGUGUCCGCCUACGUGUUCACUGGUCAAGGUUCGCAAGAACAGGGCAUGGGUAUGGAUCUGUACAACUCCAGCGCUGUCGCCAAGGAGGUCUGGGACCGUGCCGACAAGCACUUUAUGGACAACUACGGCUUCGCCAUCACGCAUAUUGUCAAGAACAACCCGAAAGAGUUCACCGUGCACUUCGGUGGAGCCCGAGGCAAGGCCAUUCGCAAGAACUACAUGGACAUGACCUUCGAGACUGUGGCAUCCGAUGGCAGCAUCAAGUCGGAGAAGAUCUUCAAGGAGAUCACCGAAGAGACCACCUCGUACACCUACCGCUCGCCGACUGGUUUGCUCUCCGCCACACAGUUCACUCAGCCUGCAUUGACUCUUAUGGAGAAGGCAUCUUUCGAGGACAUGAUCUCGAAGGGCCUAGUUCAACGCGACAGCAGUUUCGCUGGUCACUCCUUGGGAGAGUACAGUGCCCUUGCCGCGCUUGCCGAAGUCAUGCCAAUCGAGUCGCUUGUGUCGGUCGUGUUCUACCGUGGCUUGACUAUGCAAGUGGCUGUCGAGCGUGACGAAGCUGGGCGCUCCAACUACUCCAUGUGCGCUGUCAAUCCAUCGCGUAUUGGCAAGACGUUUAGCGAACAGGCACUGCAGUAUGUUGUCGAGAACAUCGCGGAGACUACUACCUGGUUGUUGGAGAUCGUCAACUUGAACGUCUACAACCAGCAGUACGUCUGCGCUGGUGACCUGCGUGCAUUGGACUGCCUUACGAAUGUGCUCAAUUACCUCAAGUCGCAGAAGAUCGACAUCCAGCAGCUGAUGCAGACCAUGAGCCUAGAAGACGUCAAGUCACACCUGGUUGAGAUCAUCAAGAAGUGUGCCAAACAGACCGAGGCCAAGCCAAAGCCAAUCGACCUUCAGCGCGGUUUCGCUACUAUCCCACUGAAGGGUAUCGAUGUGCCGUUCCACAGCACGUUCUUGCGAUCUGGUGUCAAGCCAUUCCGAUCAUUCUUGCUCAAGAAGAUCAACAAGACGAGCAUUGACCCCAGCAAGCUCGUUGGCAAGUACAUCCCCAACGUCACUGCUAAGCCAUUCGAGCUUACCAAGGAGUACUUUGAGGAUGUCUACCGUUUGACCAAGUCUCCACGCAUUGGAAACAUCUUGGACAAUUGGGACAAGUAUGAAUCGGAUGAGCCGAACGUGCAGAGGCCGAGAGCGGGAAGUGUUGCUGUGCCUUCGUCAUAA